AUGGAUGAGUCUGUGGAGAUUGAAGGGGUGUUUGAUGAAAGGGUGUGCGUGGAAAGAAAAGUGUUAUCCAAUGUGAUGAAUAAACAGGGAAUAGGAGUGAAAAAUGAAGAGAAUGGGAUGAAAGAGCAAAGUAAGGUUGUUUUUAAGGAUUAUGAGAAUAUGAAUAGGAGUGGAAAUGUAAAGGAAGGAGAAUGUGUAAAAGAGAAGUUUAGUGUAAGGAAUGAGAUGGAUGCAAAGUCUGAGAUGCUCUUAAAGAUUGGGGCUGAGUUUGAAGAGCUAAAGGAGGUACACAGAAAGGCAUUGAAAGCAAGAGAGAAGUUAAUGAGAAGGAUGCAGAGAGAUCUUGAAAUGUUUAAGAAACAGAUGGAGGCAGAGAAGAUUAAGGAGAUGAAUGAGUUCAGGAAGCGUUGUGAGGAUGAUUUUUUUGAAAGACGAAGAAAGUAUAAAGAGAGAUGUAGAAAGAGUGUUUGUGAAUAUAAGGCAAGUGUUGAUGAGAUGGUGAAGAUAUUGAUGGCUGAUAUGGCAAACAGAUGCAAUGAUAUGGUUAAGGGGGUGUAUAGGAAAAGUGCAGGUAAUGGAUAA